GUCUUACUUUUUUGACUUGCUGCUCGUACGCCAAAUACGUACGCCGUAUGCCAAACGUUACUUUUCCGUGAACUGUAACAGAUAUGUAGUAAGCUAUCUAUAAAUUGUAUAUUCUAAACGUUUAACCAUUGGUGUGUCGUCACGUAAAAUGUUCAGGAAUAAUUAUCAGGGUGGACCUGUGGUUGAGAUAUUCAGUGGACAAGGAAAAGAUCCUGUAGUAAAAUGGAAACUUUGUGGAGGUCCGUCCUUCAUACACAAGGAGUACAAUAAAGAAGUCAGAGGCUUUGUUUACUGUCUGGAGGGCAGCAGCCAGACAGUCAAGAUGCAAAUGCCAGAGAAUGGGAAAAUGUCUCUUGGACUUCUUCAAAGAUUCUUGGUCCUUCAAGUGCAUAUUGAACAGUGCAAGGAUUUUUCCAUUGAGCUUUUGAUAACCGAUUUAGAGCACCUGAAAAGAAGACUUUAUUUAUCAACAGUACAUAAAGAGUUGUCUGCCACACAUUUGCAUGCAAAGAUACCUCUCGUAGGAUUGAAACGCAGUGUCUGGUCUACUUUGUGCAUCGACCUUAUAUCAUUCACCAGUGAACUGUUCAAGGGGUUUUUGACAUUGGAUGGCAUCACUUUGUUUGCAACCUGUAAAGUCCGCAGAAUCUUCACCAUGAAAACAGUGCCUUCCGAACUCUCAGGCGAUGGUAAUGCUUUAAACAAAACAGAUAUGUUUCUCAGUGGAGCCGGUCUCAUGGACUCGGUCCCUCGCAGCUGCCAAUUCCCGUCUGAUGUAAACUACGUUACCCAAGUGUUGAACAUGAAGAAUUUACGGAAGGCAGACAUGAGGGCUGGACUGUUGAGCUCUGACUGUGUUCCUGAUCAGUCUACCACUGCCAGAUCUACCGGUUAUAGAAGACCCAGGCCUCAGGGUGUUUUACACACAGCCUCAGGCUCCAGGGUUUCAGGGCCACCCCCUCAAACUGGAAGAAAAAGCAGAGCAGCCUCAGAAGAAAUGGAUAAAAGUCUUCUCUUUGUAUCGAAUGUGGCAUCCCCGUCUAGUAAAAUGAACCAAAAAGUUGCUGCAGAAAGUGAGAGCAGUGCCAAACUGAGGGAUCAUUUAUCACACGGAGAACCUUCCCAAAUUCUUCUCCAGGGAACACUUGGCAGUUUACAGCCCCAUCCCCCGAAAGACAGAGUGUUUGACAAGCAGGGAUCUAAGAAGCUCCGGGUGUACAGUGCAGGAAGAGAAGAGUGUAGCCUCAGGGAGAGUUCAGGAUCUGCCCCCUCACCAGCAGAGCCCCUGCGCCGCUCCAUCGGUCCAGGUCUUUGUCGUGACCUGCAGGUUGGGAGCAGCUGGGAGAGUAAUGACGGGUCCGAGCCCCAGCUCACUCUGCAAGAAGAGGUGUUCACUUUCUCAUCCCAGCCACACUCACCCAAACGAGGGCAAGGCCAGGGUGAGCAGGAGAAGAUGGAGAUGGGAGAUGAUCCGGUUCAGAGUGGAAGGCGGUAUGAGGCCCAGCCCGAGGAUGACUUCAUCGGCAGUGAGAGUGAUGAGGAUAACAGCUUCACCAAAAUCAACCAUGCUACUUCAAGAUCUCCUAGUCCAUAUUUGGAUGGUCAACUUGAAGUCCACCCUGAAUCUCAAAACAUGGACCAAACAGCACCAACGGAGCUCAGUCCAGCUUCCACCGGCAUGCAGUCUCCAUCCAGUGGGGGGGCGGAGGCAGCUGAGAUGGCCCCCACACGCUGCCUCUCACCCAGUGUGACACCCAGAAGGCAGGAACACAAGUGUGGCCCGCGUGGAUCAGACACACUGAACCAGUUUGCGGAUGAGAACAGCAGUGUCACGCUUUCCAGAAGUCUCCUGCAUGAAGUCAAAUUAAAUGCCUCCACACAGAACAAGGUGAUCAGUUUAAAGGAAGAAGGAGCCAACACCGUACACCCUAAUGACUCCAGUGUUUACAACUUACACCCGCUUAGCAGUCUACGAACACAUGGGGAAGAUGAAGAAGAGCUUCGAAUGCUGGCAAGUCUCAAAAGAGAGCAUGAGGAAGAUGAAUGUAAAGCCUCAGGCCUCAGUGCAUCUCUGAUCCAACACUGUAAUGUCAGCGUUAGCAUGAGCAGUGACGACGCUUCUACCUGGACCCACAUCUCCAAGCCAGUUAAUCAGGAUCACCACUAUCAGAAGGAAAUGAACCCACUCUGUCAAUCAAACCCUAGAUGUUAUGUCCAGAGGCAGAAGAUGAGUAGAAGGCCCACCACUUGCUUUGGUUCCUUUGUGGAGCCGGGAAUCAAUUCCCCCGGGAGAUCCGAUUCCUUAGAAAAGUCAGUCAUGGAGGCAAAAGAUGGAGUGGAUGGACGUGCUCAGCCCUCCCUUAAUCCCUCUCAGCCAUGGGAGAAGGUCAGCCAACACAUGGAACAAUUUGGAUCUAAUCGGAGGACGGGAUGAGUCGCUGAAUGAACAGGAAAAGGAGGAUGAAUAUUUGAAUCUGCUCUAUGAUCCUUGCCUGAACUGCUAUUUCGAUCCAAAGACGGGGAAGUACUAUGAACUAGCUUGACUCAAAGCUCAAGAGAAUCUAAAUUAAUAAAUCAUAAGUUAUUGACGGUGGGUGAAUGGCUUCAUCAAGUUUUUGAGGCCUAGCUUAUUGAUCAGUACUGAAUAACCCAUUCACAAACAACUUUCCAUGUGAAACUAACAGGGGCUUUGUGUCUCCAUCAAUACUCAUGUCAGUGUGUAAGGGAGUGGGACUGACUCAAUAAGUAAGACAUUGGGUGGUGGCCCAUUCAGUAGCACAUCUGAUGGUAGAAAGAGUCUUUACAGAAGUCUUGGCUACCAAAAUCAUAUGUUAACUUUUUUUAGAUAACAUCCUAGAGCUUCUAUUUACGCAGAAGAUUUAACUUUUGCCUGGAUUUCUACAUUGCAGAUUUUGUUCUAUAUUUAUUAUAAUUUGUGAAGUAAUGUAAUUGAAAAUAAGUUGUG